AUGCUUCCUCUUGCGCCUGAUGCUAGUCUGAAGGUGUGGGAGGAAGUGGUGGAGUGGUGUUCCAAUGCUUGUCGUGGCAGAGGGUGUAAAGCUGUUGCAGGUAGAGCUAUUUGGAGCCUUGCUGUUAGCCUGGUUUGGAGGGAGCGGUGCUCGCGAGUAUAUGGAGAGGUUUCAAUCCGAGCUCCUGAGGAUAUUAGUCGUGAACUCUAUCGUAUUUUGUACUGGAGGGCAGAAGUGGAUAGUUCUUUGCAGGAGAGUCCCCCUUUGGGUUGCUUGAGCUUAUUGAAAUUUUGA